AUGUAUGAAGAUCCUAAUUUUCUAAUAGAUACUGGACUAUUACCACAAAUUACUCUAAAAUGUCAAAUGGUUUUGGUUCAUUUUGGAAAGAAAAUGCCAGCAAUGUUUUUCUAUAUGUCUAAAAAAACAGGGACCAUGAUACGUGAAUCAUUAGGAAUGCAAGAUCUAAAAGGACCAUAUUAUGAUCCUAUUGGAAAAAACAUCAUGCAUAGACGUAUUACAUUAUUACCAAAUAAGUUUCCAGAGCAUUCAAAGGCAAUACUGAUAAGUUUAUUUUCACGGGGAAAUAAAAUAGUCGAAUUAUCUUUACAAAAAGCUAAUGAUUUACUUCAACAGAUAUCAUCAAAGGAUAAUUUAUUACAGCCGUCUAUUAUUAUACAGGAAGAAGAAACACCGAGUCAAGAUUUAGCAAAUGAUAUUGAUGUAAAAAAAGAUAAGAUACAAACAAUAACUAUAUAUCCUCCACCUCCUGCAAAAGGAGGAAUAACUAUUAAUACUGAACAUUAUUUAUGUCUCGCAGAAGACAGUUUCUUGAACGAUGUAAUUAUAGAUUUUUAUUUAAAGUAUUUGACCUUAGAAGUAUUAUCAAAAUUUGAUCAACAUAGAACUCACGUGUUCAGUUCAUUUUUUUACAAACGUUUAACUAAUCCACAUGUCCAAGAUGCUCUAAAUACCGUGUCAAUGUCACUUUCUACCAAGCGGCACGCAGGAGUACGGACGUGGACGAAAGACGUGAAUAUAUUUGAGAAAGAUUUUAUUAUAAUUCCUAUAAACAAACACGCACAUUGGUUCUUGGCUAUUGUUUGUUUUCCUGGAUUAGUUGAGGAAGUUUCUACUGUGAAAACUAGUGGAAACGAUAAUAAUAAGACUGUGCAAAAGAUCAAAAAAACAACAGAGUUAAGAACAAAAACUGUUACAAAUGAUUUUACAACAAUUUCUCCUGUACCAAUUACGAUAAUAGAUAAUGGAUCUAAAAAAAACAAAGCAAAAAACAAUGAUGAAAUAAAAAUAGAAACAGACGGAAAGAUCAAGAUUAAUCAACCGAAAGAAAAUAAAACUGAAAUUAAACUUGAGAAGCAGAAGGAAAUCAUCAAGAAACCUUGUAUACUAAUAUUUGAUUCGCUUAGUGGUGAGAGUAGAACACGGGUAAUUUCUACGUUAAGAGAUUAUUUAAGUUGCGAACAUGUUGCCAAACUUGGUGUAACAAAAAUUUUCUCAGAAGAUACUAUUGAGGGAGCGUGUCUGAAAGUACCCCAGCAAUACAAUUUAGCUGAUUGCGGAUUGUAUGUAUUACAAUAUGUGGAAAAUUUUUUCAAGGAUCCUAUUAAAGAUUAUACUUUUCCAAUCCAAACCUUGAGAAAAUGGUUUGAUAAAGCUGUUACAAUGAGGAAAAGGGAGGAGAUAUCGAACUUGCUAAUUGCAUUGAUGAAUAGUACCAAAGAGGAUAAAACUUUGAUUAAUUUGCCUGCUUUAAAUUUUCCUAAACAAGAUAGCAACCUGAAAUCGAAAGUUGAAAAUCAGACAGAUAUAAAGACUGCAAAGUUGAAAUUUAAGAAUAGUAAAAGAUCGCCUGAAAUGCGGAAUCAAGAUAACUGUAGUAUCACUGCUAAAAAACACAAAGUAGAAUCUUUCAUUUUUUCUAAAUAA